UUCGAAUAAACUUUAUAUUCACAAUAUCAUUCAAGAUGUCGUUCAACUUUGGCAGUACGAGCACAUUUGGCGGGCAAAAUAAACCAUCUUUCGGUGGAUUUGGUUCUACCUCAACUGGGACAUCAGGAUUUUCCUUUGGUAGUACAACUAAAACAACUGCACCUACUCUUGGCUUUGGGACUUCUACAGCCACCACCACGAGCAGCUCUGCAUUUGGAUUUGGGAUCAAACCCAUAGGAACAGCUACAACCAGUACUGGUGGAGGCUUUGGCUUUGGGAGUGGUGGGCUUGGUGGAAAUACUCAGACAACUAGCAGUGCAUCUGGAUUCAACUUUGGAACAUCUACAAGCACAGGAGGGUUCGGUGCCAAGCCAGGAGGAUCAUCUCUCUUUGGUGGGGGUGGCUUUGGUCAAACUGCUACCUCUAGCUCUAGCCUCAAGUUUGGUUUUGGUGGUCUUAACACAGGAACAACAACUACAAGUGGAUUAGGUACUGGAUUUGGUGCUCAGCCUCAGCAGCAGCAGCAACAACAACAACUAGGUGUUGACAACAACCUUGUUCUGCUCGCUGCUGCUCUAUCUGUACCCAGUAUCUAUGGAGAUGAAAGGGAUAACCUACUAGCCAAAUGGAAUCAACUUCAGGCAUUCUGGGGGACCGGUAGUGGGUUUGUCAAUCAGAAUACCACAGUCAACUUCACUCCAGAAAACCCCUUCUGUAGAUUCAAGACGGUUGGCUAUAGCGUCAAGCCGACAGCAAAGACAAAAGAUGGUCUGGUUGUCUUACACUUCAAGAAGAAAGACACUGAAAUCAGGGCUCAGCAACAACAGCUGGUAGAUUCACUCUACAGGAUCAUGGGCAGUAAACCAACUCUGUCUGUAUGCGUAGAGGAUGUCAGACCCCUUCCUGAUGAUAAAUCGGAGGUAGUGAUCUACAUCUUGGAACGUCUUCCUACUGGUGCUACCAAACGCAUCCCAUCAACAGAAACCUUUGCCUUCUUGAACAACGCUAAGAUCAAGCAACAGCUUGGUAGUUUGGGGGUUGUUCACAUGCAACCAAGACAAGCAUUGACACAGACUCAGUUAGAGAACUACCUCCAGAAUCCUCCUCUAGGUUAUGACCCAAGACUAUGGAGGCAAGCUCAGCUUGAUAAUCCUGAUCCAGAUAGGCUGAUCCCAGUCCCACUUGUUGGAUUUGAUGUAAUCAAGACAAGAUUAGAAUAUCAGCAGCAAGAGACACAACAGCAUCAAGCAAGACUGGAUCUUGUAAGCAAAGACUUGGAAAAAUUGCAAGAGCAGCAGGACACAUUGCAGGCGAGGAUAGCAGAGAAUAAGAGAAGACAUCUAGAAUUAUCACAUAGAGUUUUACAGGUCAUGGCUCGACAGGAGGUCCAGAGAAAACAAGGAGUGUCCAUUCAGUUAGAGGAGGAGCAUCUUAGAACACAGCUUGAGGGACUGAUGGCAGAGUUAAAUGCACCAACCCAGAUGAAGGCUCGUCUGAAUGAGAUGUUAUCCCAGAUCCGUUUGCAGAGUCACCUUCCAUUCAGUCGUAAUAGUGAGCAGUAUUCUAUUGAUUCUGAUCUCCAGUAUGAAAUUAGACAGCAUCUGAAACAACAACAAGAAGGUAUCAGCCAUCUUGUGGGUAUCAUCAAAGAAGACUUGGAAGAUUUAAAACUCAUUGAGAGAGGGUUGGAAGAAGCAACCAGUUGAUCAUACAUCAAUAUUGACUCAAAUUUCAAUGGACUCUUAAAUCUAAACCGUAGUGGACCACUCUUAUGUUUAAUAUGACUAGAUGGAGGUUGACAAGAGAUGCAGCUUGUGAGGAACUGUUUGUAAGCUAUCAAUUUGCAAGCUUUCUAGUGGACUGCAAUGUAUUGGGUAAUUUUUUGAAGCAGUUGACAAAGCAUACAGUGGUAUAUUUGUGGUGGGUUUCACAUGACCACAUUUAAUAGCUCAUUGAUGUCAUCUGUAUGCAUGCUUUCAUGGCUGAACUGAAGCAAGGCCGACACCGAAUUUGGUGCAAGUGACUGUACAUGUGAUUAUAUGCUGCAUGAAUAUAAUGUGGUUACUUGGGGAAUUAAUCUUCUAUAAUUUUGAAUGAAAGGAAAUCACAGACUCCCUGCUUGCAGAAUCAAGCCAAUUGAGAACACUUUGUGACUUACAUGUAUAAUGUGGUGUUUCGUAUAGUGCUUAUUCAUAGACAUGUCACAGUCUGUGGGUGACUAGCAAAACAAGGAUGAACAGGUUCAAGAAAUCUGCUACAAGCGAUGAGUUAGUUGAUGCCCACUGCUUCAAAAGUGGUAGUCCACUAGUGAACACAUAAAUCAAAAGCUCAAUAAUUUUACAUGCUGCAACUUAUUGUACAGAAGGCAACACAAGCCACAUGAAUGUUAUGCAUUGGCACUUUUGAUUCCUUUACCAAUGAAAAUAUGUUAUGCUUGUUUCAAAUUUAGUCAGGUGCUUCAAUGUAGAGUCUUCAUGGGAUUGCUACACCAUAUUUUCUUUUUGAAACAGAACUUCCUAUAUCAUGGUCUAGUAUGUUCAUCAGGAGAUUAUUCUGGACAAAAUAUAUGAUGCAGUUAUAGGUGCCAGUUCAUGAUUAAAAUUUGAGCGAGCUGUUGACACCAUCUCUGCAUAAAGCAUUAAUUGUUUGCUGAUGCGUGAUAUCGGUAUGGGUGCUGAAUUGCGUAGCAUUCUGGAAAAUUGACCUCCCAUUUUCCAACACCUUAUCUGUAAUAGGGCUAGCAAGCUUGUGCAGGUAUUAUAUUAAAGGUUCACUUUUGAUUAAUUUCCUACAAGGAAGUCUUUUCCACAGUGGGUUCAUGUCAUAAAUUUAUGUAUAUUUUGUUAAAGCAAUUUAAAAGAAAAAGGGUAAAUGAUGAAGCCAUGCGAUACCAUCUCAUAAACGUGUUAUACUAUGUGUUACAUACAAAUAUUGUAUAAAAUCAAGGGGAUAUUCAUGCAUUUUUGGGGUAUCUUAAUUUUUUUUCAAUUUUUUAAUUCAAGAUUGGGGUCUACAUGUACCUUAGCAUUCCACGUAGUCACUUUAAGUAGCUGUAAAGUGUUUUUGAUUAACUGUUGAUGUAGUUCAGUCAAUGCUUCACAACCAAUAGUUCACAGUGCUCUGUUGGGCAUAAGAGCUUUCUCAGGUUGGCUGCAGGGUCAGUCAAAGUAAUAUCCAAUUAGAAAAAAAAUGUAUCUGAUGUUUUGUCGUAUAUCUUUGAUUUGAUUCAACUCAACUGUUGUCAUAUCAAUUGCAAUUCAAUUUUACCCCAAGGUAAAAGUGAACAAUUUUUAUAAUCACAUGGUAAGGAAAUUUCAGUAUGAAAAUACUGAGGAAUGAGGGUAUGUCUGGGCCUUAUACGCUUGAUUUUCAUGAUAGUGGAGCGUUGUGGCCCAGUGGAUUAGUCUCCGGACUUUGAAACAGAGGGUCGUGGGUUCAAGUCCCAUCCAUGGCGUAAUUUCCUUCAGCAAGAAAUUCAUCCACUGUGUGCUGCACUCGAAAUAAGUACCGGCAGAAGUAAUUCCUAAAAAAAGCUGUGUGCGCCUGAAUCGGUUGCCUAGCUUAGCCGGGGUAAUAAUAGCAGUGCCUUUUUAAAGCGCCAUGAGCACCGAAAGGGGAACCUGCACGCUAUAUAAGUAGGCACCAUUAUUAUUAGUAUUAUGAUUGAUUAAUAAGCUUUGUGUUAGGGUCCCCUGGAGGUCGUGUUAUGAAUCAGAGCAUCACCAUCCAUUUGUUCUGUUUUCUUUAUAGUCUGCUACUUUUAUCAUAAUUUUUCUCUAUUUAGAAUACUGCAGUGUAGGAUAAAAACCUAGAGUGGGCAUCUAGAGUUUUAGAAGCACUGACCUAGGUUACCAUGGUACACUGUAAUUACCAACUGUAAAUGGUAAAUUUUUGUGACAUUGGGCCAGAAACAAUAUUACAUGGGUUAUACAACCAUCUCCGGGUUCCCGUAACACAAAGGUUAGCGAUUGAUCAUACACUUGAUUUUAAUUAUUGAUUUGUACAGUACAUUGUAGUCAGUUGUAAAGAUAUUCUUCGCCAAUGACUGCUAAGAUUUGUAUUAUGGGCCCCUGGUCAGAAGUUGGGUUGCAAAGUAAAAUUAAGAACAUCAUUUCACUUUUAUAGAGUGCUUUUAAGCACAUAAAGCUUUUCAGAUGUUUUUAAAUACAUCUGAAUAUGUGCUUUACAGAUAUCGUAGAUUAUUACCCCUGUCAUACAAUCCCAACAUGCCCGAACACAAUGUUGCACUUUCUCCACUCCCUCUGGAGCAUUCCAGAAAGAGUUUCAAGACUCAAUUGCAAGACAUACUGCAUAGGCUUUUCAACCUUACUGGGAACUCAUUUAACAACUUGGUGGAGAAUUGCAAAGAGUGGAGUGCCAAAAGACAAGAGGCAUCUGUCUACUUGAACAGUAAUAAUAAUUUUGUGUGAGCAGAGGCAGUGAGAUACAAGACAUCAUAACGCAUAGGAACUCUAGUUGCCUCACUGCAGACAAAUCACUUUCUCUUUGAAAAAUAAUAAUUUCUUUGAGUUAAACCGUAUGUCAGUUUAUCAACUUAUCUUACAAUGCCUUGACUAAAAAUUUUACUGAACUACCACCAUGCCUGAAUGAGGCUGUGCAACUGUACAAAAUGAGUUCUACAUGAACCUGAGUUUAUCUUUGUAUAAGUUUUCACUGUGUAUAGAUAUGCCAAUGAGUUUGUAUAAUCCACUUCAUUGGAUCAUGAAAUGAAAGCUUUAUGAAAACUUUGUAAUAAUAAUUGGAAAAAAAAAUAUCUUUGAAAAAUACAUGUACAUAAAAGUAACUGAGUAAACUUGUUUUGUGUCUUUUGAAUCGAGAAUCGUGUUCCUUUUUAAAAUUUGUUUGAUAUACACUUAAUAAGUUAUAUUAUACAGAA